CCUUCACUCUGGCGUCAACGUCAGGCCUGAGCGCCAAAUUUAAAUUCGCGGCCAUCUUGAGUGGGCGGAAUCCCCGCGCGGUGCGCGGCUGGAAGUGAGUACGGUCGCUCCGUCGGUCUCGGGAUCGAGGGCUGAGGGCAUGAUGGCGCCCGGCUGCAAAACUGAGUUACGCAAUGUGACAGACUAUCAGUCUAACCAGCCAAGUAAUGAAGGUGAUGCUAUCAAAGUUUUCGUACGAAUACGCCCACCUACAGAGGGUUCUGGAUCAGCUGAUGGAGAGCAAAACUUAUGCUUAUCUGUGCUCUCUUCUACGACUCUCCGGCUGCACUCCAACCCUGAGCCUAAGACCUUCAUGUUUGAUCAUGUGGCCAACAUGGACACCACUCAGGAGUCUAUGUUCUCAACUGUGGCCAAAGGCAUUGUGGAGUCUUGCAUGAGCGGUUACAAUGGUACCAUCUUUGCAUAUGGACAGACUGGUUCAGGGAAAACGUUUACCAUGAUGGGACCAUCUGAAUCUGAUAAUUUUUCUCAUAAUCUGAGAGGAGUAAUCCCUCGAAGUUUUGAAUAUUUGUUUUCCUUAAUUGAACGUGAAAAAGAGAAGGCUGGAGCUGGAAAGAGUUUUCUUUGUAAGUGUUCAUUUAUUGAGAUCUACAACGAGCACAUCUAUGACCUACUGGACUCUGCAUCGGCUGGACUGUACAUAAGGGAGCAUAUUAAGAAGGGGGUCUUUGUUGUUGGUGCGGUAGAGCAGGUGGUGACCUCAGCGGCUGAAGCCUAUCAGGUGUUGUCUGGAGGGUGGAGAAACAGACGUGUCGCAUCGACAUCAAUGAAUAGAGAAUCCUCUAGGUCUCAUGCAGUCUUUACAAUUACAAUAGAAUCAAUGGAGAAAAGCCAUGAAACUGUGAAUAUACGGACCUCCCUUCUCAAUCUGGUGGAUUUGGCAGGAUCUGAAAGGCAAAAGGACACCCAUGCAGAAGGCAUGAGAUUAAAGGAAGCAGGUAACAUAAACCGAUCACUGAGCUGCCUGGGCCAGGUGAUUACUGCGCUUGUCGAUGUGGGUAAUGGAAAACAGAGACAUAUUUGCUACAGAGACUCCAAACUUACCUUCUUACUCCGGGAUUCCCUUGGAGGUAAUGCCAAAACAGUCAUAAUUGCAAAUGUUCAUCCUGGAUCUAGGUGUUUUGGUGAAACCCUAUCAACGCUUAAUUUUGCUCAAAGAGCCAAGCUGAUUAAAAAUAAGGCAGUGGUAAAUGAAGACACACAAGGAAACGUGACCCAGCUCCAAGCUGAAGUGAAGAGACUCAAAGAACAACUGGCCCAGCUUACCUCAGGGCAGAUGCUACCAGAAAGCUUGCACACCGUAGACAAAGAUGAGACUAACUACAUCAAGUAUUUCCGAGAGGCAAUGUUAUUCUUUAAGAAAUCUGAACAGGAAAAGAAGUCUCUGGUAGAAAAAGUUACGCAAUUGGAAGAUCUCACCCUCAAAAAAGAAAAAUUCAUUCAGUCAAAUAAAAUGAUUGUGAAAUUCCGAGAGGAUCAAAUAAUGCGCCUGGAAAAGCUCCACAAGGAAUCCCGGGGAAGUUUUCUGCCUGAGGAGCAGGACCGUUUGCUGUCAGAAUUGAGGGAUGAGAUUCAAACUCUGCGAGAACAAAUAGAGCACCACCCCAGAGUGGCAAAAUAUGCUAUGGAAAAUCAUUCCCUCAGGGAGGAGAACAGAAGACUGAGACUGUUAGAGCCUGUGAAAAGAGCCCACGAAAUGGAUGCCCAGACCAUUGCAAUCCUGGAAAAAGCCUUCUUCGAAGUAUCUGAAACAGAGAAAAAUGACAAAAGUCAGCAAGGAUUCUCCCCUAAAGCUCUGAAAGAGCCGUGUUCGUUAGCAAACACUGAGAAGUUAAAAGCACAACUCCUACAAGUUCACACAGAGCUGAAUAAUUCAAAGCAAGAGUAUGAAGAAUUCAAAGAACUAACUAGAAAAAGGCAGGUGGAAUUAGAAUCAGAGAUUCAGUCCUUGCAAAAAGCGAACCUUAAUCUUGAAAACCUUUUGGAAGCAACAAAAGUCUGCAAGCGGCAAGAAGUUUCUCAACUGACUAAAAUUCAUGCUGAAACACUGAAGAUCAUAACAACACCAACCAAGACUUAUCAACUUUGGUCUCGACCACUACCGAAGUUUAGCCCUGAACUGGAGAGCUUUGGCUGUGCGCAAACCCAGAAUUCUAGCAACUUGGAUAAUGAUAUCUUAAAUGAGCCAGUGCCUCCUGAGAUGAGUGAGCAAGCUUUUGAAGCCAUUUCCGAAGAGCUGAGAAUGGUACAGGAACAAAUGAGUGCCCUUCAAGUCAGGUUGGAUGAAGAAGAGCAUAAAAAUGUAAAGCUUCAGCAGCAGAUUGACAAACUGGAACAUCAUUCUACUCAGAUGCAGGAGCUUUUCUCAUCAGAAAGAACUGAUUGGACCAAACAGCAGCUGGAGCAUCUCUCUCAGUUGAAUGUCCUUGAAAAGCAGCUUCAAGACACACAGACCAAGAAUGACUAUUUGAAAAGUGAGGUACAUGACCUGCGAGUCGUUCUUCAUUCUGCAGACAAGGAGCUCUCUUCGGUGAAACUGGAGUACAGUUUAUUCAGAGAGAGUCAGGAGAAAGAACUCAACAGCCUUUCCGAAAGACACAUGCAGGUCCAGCUUCAACUGGAUCAUGUCAGAUUAGAAAAUGAAAAGCUGCUUGAAAGCAAAACCUGCCUACAGGAUUCCUAUGACAACUUACAAGAAGUAAUGAAGUUUGAAAUUGACCAACUUUCAAAAAGCCUCCAAAACUGCAAAAAAGAAAAUGAAACUCUGAAAUCUGAUCUGAAUAAUUUGAUGGAGCUUUUUGAGGCAGAAAAAGAACGCAAUAACAAAUUAUUAUUACAAUUUGAAGAAGAUAAAGAAAACAGUUCUAAAGAAAUCUUAGAAGUACUUGAAGCUGUACGUCAGGAGAAACAGAAAGAGAAGGCCAAGUGUGAGCAGCAGAUGGCAAAAGUACAGAAACUAGAAGAGAGUUUGUGUGCUACUGAAAAACUAAUCAGUUCUCUGGAGAAGUCUAGAGAUGCUGACAAGGAAGUUGUAACUGACCUCAUGAGCCAGAUCCAGGAGCUAAGAACCUCAGUCUCUGAGAAAACAGAAACCAUAGACACCCUGAGACAAGAACUGGAGGACAUCAACGGCAAAUACAACUCUGCUUUGGCUGACAAAGAAGAGAGCAAAGCAUUGAUUAACAGACAGGAAGCGGACAUUCUGGAUCUCAAAGAAGCCCUGAGACUGAGAAUACUCUCUGAAGACAUAGAGAAAGACAUGCUCUGCGAGGACCUGGCGCACGCCACCGAGCAGCUGAACACGCUCACCGAGGCCUCGAGAAAGCACUCGGGGCUCCUGCAGUCGGCCCAGGAGGAGCUGACCCGGAAGGAUGCCCUCAUCCUGGAGCUCCAGCACGAGCUAAACCAAAAGAAAGAGGAAGUAGAACAGAAGAAAAAUGAAUAUAACUUCAAAAUGAGGCAACUAGAGCAUGUGAUGGAUUCUGCUGCCAGUUAUCCCCAGAGCCCUAAAACACCACCACAUUUUCAAACACAUUUGGCAAAACUCCUGGAAACGCAAGAACAAGAGAUAGAAGAUGGGAGAGCCUCUAAGAUUUCUUUGCAACACCUUAUAACAAAACUCAAUGAAGAGAGAGAAGUCAAAAAUGCUGAGAUUCUCAGGAUAAAGGAGCAGUUGUGUGAAAUGGAAAACCUGCGUCUGGAGGCUGAGCAGUUAAAAGAGAAAAACUGGCUCUUGCAAGGUCAGCUGGACGAUAUCAAAAGACAGAAGGACAGCAGCAAACAGAAUCAUUCAGACAGUCAACAGAUGAAGAAUGAACAAGAAGAAGUGAUCAAAGAAAGACUUGCUAAAAAUAAAUUGAUGGAAGAAAUGCUGAAAAUGAAAGAAAACCUGGAGCAGCUCCAGAGCACCCUUCAGAACAAAGAGACUGACUACCUGACGAUGACUGAGGAAGUCGAACGAGUCAGAAUGUUGGAGUCUAAAGCAUUCCAAGAAAAGGAACAACUGAGAUCAAAGUUGGAAGAACUGUAUGAAGAAAAAGAGAGAACAUGCCAGGAGAUGGAAAUGUUAAGGAAACAGGUGGAGUAUCUGGCUGAGGAGAAUGGAAAGUUGGUGGGUCACCAAAACCUCCAUCAGAAGAUCCAGUACGUAGUGAGGUUGAAGAAGGAAAACGUCAGGCUUACUGAGGAGUCAGAAAGGUUGCGUGCUGAAAAUUUAUUUUUAAAAGAAAGGAAAAAAAAUGAGCCAUAAAGAUCCUGAUGAACUGCCUACCUUGUUGGGAGACUUUUUUUCCCCUCUUAAAAAAGGAAGCGCUACCCACGCCUACUUAGUAGAGCUGAAUUAAGAGCCCCGACUAUUAAUGGUGGGGGUGGGGUGGGCGCGGGGCACUGGCAGCGGCAGCGGCACAUUCCUGCGGCAGCUGGCAGUCCACAGGUAGGGGCUGUCAUUUCAAAGCUUUUAAGUCACCUGUAAAUACUGGAAAAACCUUCUCCUUUUUAAAAUAAAAGCCUGUAACUGAGGCUUUACCGGGAAACAGGGAUGUUGGCCAGAUUAAUUUUUUCCUUCUAUACUGCCAUAAUCUCCUUUGAGUUUUGCAUCAGAAACUCCAACAAUAUACAGGGGUUUCCAAACUUCCAGUGAAGUUAGUGACUCUGCAGCGUGUAUGAAUAGCAAACUUGUUAAUUUGGAUUAUUUUUAUAUUCCUUGAAGUGUUCCCAGGAGCCUUUUUUUAUGACUGUAAAUAUGGCCUUUGUCGAAAUAUAAUAAAAUACUUUUAAAAUAUACAUUUUAAUAGAGUAAUUUAUAGUGUUCAUUCAUCAUAUACUUAUUGAGCAGCUGCUAUGUGCCAGGCACUGGUCACCAGUGAUCAAAGCCAACAGAAACCCUGCCCUCUGUACAGGGAAGAAUUGACUCCAUGUUGGGUCUGUUUCUUUCACUUUAACCUUUGCUUCCCGUUAGUUUUGUUCACUGAAAGGAUAUUGUCCAUAUGUAAUAGCCUGCCUCAGGGAACCCUGCCCCUCUGGCCUGAAUGUUAAACCAAAAUGCCUUUGUUCAGGAUCCUGUCUACCUGUGGAUGACUACAGAAAGGAAGGAAUUAACACAUCCCCUCCUGGGGCUGGCCAUUCCAGGAGAUAAUAGCCAGAAUAAUGGCCUUUUUACUUUACUUCUUCACCUCCCCCACUCUCUGUUCUAUAAAAGAACCUGGCAUCCAGACCCCAGUAAAAUGGUUGCUUUGAGACAUUAGUCUACCAUCACCUUAGUCUGCUGACUUUCCAGAUAAAGUCAGUUUCCUUGCCUCAGCACAUCGUCUCUUGGUUAAUUGGUCUGUCAUGCAGUGAGCAGAACAAGCUUGGACUCUGUAACACCCUUAAAGAACUUCUGUGUAUUGUGAGGCUGCCAGGGUUAAUACCAUGACGGGUGGCCUGGACCUAAGUUUUAGCUUCCCCCGAAAUGGUAGGAUUCCCUACCCCCAUCAGGUAACCUGGAGCCAGCCAAUCAAUAUGCGCCCAGUAAGAACAAAGGGAGAGCUGAAAAGCCCGCGAAAGUCUGUACUAAUAGAAUUGCUUUGCAAACAUGUAACCAAUCCGCUUAAGCCAGCCACUAACCGCUUUUGCAUAUCUUAUAAAUUUGUGUAACAAGCUUGAGCUCGGCACUUUCUGACCCUGCACCACUGUGAUGUUUGUGGCAGAAAACCCUGGCUCGAGACAGUAAUAAACUUCCCUUUUUGCGAGUUGCAUUGUCUUGGAAGCCUUCUCCCUCUUCCCGCUCGGGGAUUCGGACAUCGGGCAUAACAUUUGGGGGCUCGUCCGGGAUCCCUUGACCGGGAGAAGAGAACGCUUACAGGACAAAGGGGAAAGAUAAAUAAUAACACCGGUGCUCAGGAAGCAGGGAGGUAUCUGGCACAGAAAGAAGGCUUUCUAUAAAGGGGGAGCCAGCCGGCGUAAGGCCGAGGCCAGCGGACGCGCUGGGAGGCAGCCGACUCUGCGGGAAGGCUUUUUAUAAAGGGGGAGCCAGCCGGCGUAAGGCCGAGGCCAGCGGACGCGCUGGGAGGCAGCCGACUCCGCGGGAAGGAAAGUUCCUCUCCCCGACCCUGAGUCUGGUGAACAGCGGACGCCAUUCGGUAAGGUGAAUCUGCUACCGGGAGGCAAGAAAAUUCAGGGGGCCCGAAAACCCAGCGCUGUGUCGUCGGCUGACAUUUGUUUGUCCGUGUGUUUGUCUUUGGCUCUCCGUGUUUUUGUGUGUGCCGGCAUUGUCUCUAGUCUCGUUCUCUUCUGGUGCAUCGUUCUUUCUCACUUCUGACUUAUUUUCUUUCUCUUACUUCUCUGAUCUGCCCUCAACUCCUUUUCUUUUCGGGAGUUUCAGUGAACAGGCGAACGGUUGUGGGGGCAAUUGAUGAGUCCUGGCCAGGGCUACGCUCUGGCGGACUCUGAAGGCCCUACAAUAAGUAAGCCUCAGUAACUAGAGCCCGACCGGGUAAAACUCUCCUUUUCCCUAACUGAGGACGUGGCCUAAAAUUCUUCUUGUGGGCACGGGUCAGGCACAUAAAGGCCAUUAGGGCGCCUGCCACUUGAAGACUCCCGUGAGAGGAUAAGGGGGUCACGGAACGGGCUAGAAACCCCUAGGGGGCCCGCCCCCAGCAAGAAAACUUCCGUGCAACGACGCAGGCACAUAAACAGUUCCAAAAGCAUACCAUAAGCCCAACCUCUUGGCCGCCACCACUCCCGGUAGGAUUUUUGGUGGUCGUUCUCAGUGACUUUCUCUCUCUCUUCCUUACCAUUAAUUCUUUGACCAUGGGGCAGGGAGAAUCUACCCCACUUUCUCUCAUGACUGACCAUUUUUCGGAUGUCAGGGCCAGGGCCCAUGACUUGUCUUUGCUAGUCAAAAAAAGUAAAUUAAUAACUUUUUGUUCUGCAGAGUGGCCCGCCUUUCAGGUUGGAUGGCCUCCGGAAGGCACCUUUCAACCGUCCAUCAUACAGGCUGUGAAGGAAAAGAUUAUGGCUCCUGAUCCCUGGGGCCAUCCGAGUCAGGUCCCCUAUGUCAUGGUCUGGCAGGAUCUAGUGAAAAAUCCGCCUAAAUGGUUAAAACCUUUUGUUUACAAACUUCCUAGUUCCUCCAGUUCACAGGUCCU